GAGGAUCGAGAGGAUGGCAGCGAAUCCACGGUCGAGGACAAAGAUGAGAUCCCCCGGUUUCCAGCUGAGCUCCCGCUUGACAUUCCAGGCGCAGAUGUCCUCUGGGAAGUUCGACAGAAACCCGUCAAUUCUGACAAGUAUUACAACUUUUCGGCCUUCGCCUUGGCACUGAACGAGUUGCAGCCCGGGAUGAGAGAGCGUUUGUGUUGCACCGACUCCCGUCUUAGGCCAGACAUGAGGAAACUUGAGGAGGGCAAAUUGGACGAAGCCGCGGCAGAAAAACAUCGUCUGGAAGAAAAACAGCGCGAGUCGCGGAAAGCCCGCAAGAAACUCAAGAACAAGGUCGAAUGGAAGCCGAGAUGGUUUUCUCAAGGAAAAAACCCUGCGACUGGGUCUGAAGACUGGAACUACACCGGCGAUUUCUGGAACCUGGAGAAAAAGCUGGCUGUUGAGGCUGAAAUCUUCUAGCCGACAUCGACACACGCGUUGUGGAGUCCUUUUUUUAUUAUUAUUUUAUCUUAUUCGCUACCUCGGUCUUGAUUUAUUUUUUGUUUCGUGUGAAUAGCAUUCUUUUUAUUCGUCUGCUCCAAUUUAUCUUAGUGGAAGAGGCAGUUACCCCAUACCCAGGUUUUUGUUUAGCUGUUAACUAUCCCGGUGGGUGAAUUGACUGCUGCUCUGGUUUCUUUCUUGUGCGUAAAACUGUUCCGUGAAUUUUUGUUUUGGACCAGUCGUAUAAUCCCGUGUUCUGUCAGGCCAAAAAAUGUGUCCCUGUUCAUUUUUAUCGGAUGUUGAAAGGUUCUUAAUUGUCUUGGAAUUCUUUAAAUUGAGGAAAAAGCCAGCCUUUGCUGAUAAUUAUUGACUGUUUAGAUUUUCUUUUUAAUGUCUGUCUUUAUUUGAACAUUUUUUGCUACUCUGACAGAAUUUGCUCUGCCCGUCAUAUCAAGUCACUUUCGAAAAAUAUGUGUGACUAUUUUGAUUGAGCAUCGGUGUAUUUUUUGCUCAAAAUAUUUCUCCUUCCUUCACGCCUUGGAUUCGUUUUCUUUUUCAGUUCGUUUUCGUUAAUCGCCAAUGCAUUCCAAAAGCUCCGAUCGCUAGUUUUUUUUUUUUAUGGGAGAAUAUCUAACCUUGAACGAUGUGAAUGGGGUUAGAGAAUUUUAUUUUAGCCCCCCGACCGAGACUUAAUUUUUUGCUUGAAGAACAAUGUGUCCUAUAGGGAGAUUUGGAUCACUGGACGAACCGGUAGCUUUUUACACGACUUGGUUCUAUAGGGUGGAAGUUGGAAAAUGAAUGGAAAGAGAAAAUUGGUAUAGGAAAA